GUCCGCGGAUGGAGGCAGAGGUGGCGGAGGUGGCUGCAGCGGCGGGGGGCUGCGACCCCGCGCCCGGACAGGAGUUGUCGGUGGCAUGGAAUACCGUGAGCACCGGGCUGGUGCCGCCGGCUGCGCUGGGACUGGCUUCCUCCCGGACGAGUGGUGCGGUCCCGCCCAAAGAGGAGGAGCUCCGUGCGGCGGUAGAGGUUCUGAGGAGCCAAGGUCUGCACUCUGUCCUGGAGGAGUGGUUCGUGGAGGUAUUGCAGAACGACUUGCAGGCCAACAUCUCCCCCGAGUUCUGGAAUGCCAUCUCCCAGCGCGAGAAGUCUGCUGACGAGCCCCAGUGCCUUCUGCUGCUCCUUGACGCGUUCGGCCUGCUGGAGAGCCGCCUGGAUCCCUACCUGUGUAGUCUAGAGCUCUUGGAGAAAUGGACUCGCUUGGGCUUGCUGAUGGGCACUGGUGCUCAGGGGCUUCGGGAAAAAGUCCACACCAUGUUGCGGGGAGUCUUGUUCUUUUCUACACCCAGGACCUUCCAGGAGAUGGUCCAGCGCCUCUAUGGGCGGUUCCUGAGAGUCUAUAUGCAGAGUAAAAGAAAAGGGGAAGGGGGCACAGACCCGGAACUUGAGGGAGAGUUGGACAGCCGGUAUGCCCGCCGCCGGUACUACCGGCUCUUGCAGAGCCCUCUGUGUGCAGGAUGUGGCAGUGACAAGCAGCAGUGCUGGUGCCGCCAGGCACUGGAGCAGUUCCAUCAGCUCAGCCAGGUCCUGCAUAAGCUCAAUCUGCUGGAGCGGGUCAGUGCUGAGGCGGUGACCACCACCCUGCAUCAGGUGACCAGGGAGAGGAUGGAAGACCGUUGCCGGGGCGAGUAUGAGCGCUCCUUUCUGCGGGAGUUCCACAAGAACAGUGCUUUCCCACAGUGGAUCGAGAGGGUGGUCGGCUGGCUUGGCAAAGUGUUCCUGCAGGACAGCCCCACCAGACCUGCGUCCCCUGAGGCUGGAAACACACUGCGCCGUUGGCGCUGCCACGUGCAGAGGUUUUUCUAUCGGAUCUAUGCCAGCCUGCGCAUCGAGGAACUUUUCAGCAUCAUUCGUGAUUUUCCAGACUCCCGGCCAGCCAUUGAGGACCUCAAGUACUGCCUGGAGAGGACUGACCAGAGGCAGCAGCUGCUUGUGUCCCUCAAGGCUGCUCUGGAGACUCGGCUCCUUCACCCAGGUGUCAAUACAUGUGACAUCAUCACUCUUUACAUCUCUGCUAUCAAGGCGUUGCGCGUGCUGGACCCUUCCAUGGUCAUCCUGGAGGUGGCCUGUGAGCCCAUCCGCCGCUACCUGAGGACACGGGAGGACACGGUGCGGCAGAUUGUGGCUGGACUGACAGGGGACUCGGAUGGGACUGGGGACUUGGCUGUUGAGUUGUCCAAAACUGACCCAGCCAGCUUGGAAACCGGCCAGGACAGUGAGGAUGAUUCUGGCGAGCCCGAGGACUGGGUCCCUGACCCUGUGGAUGCCGAUCCAGGGAAGUCCAGUUCCAAGCGGCGCUCCUCAGACAUCAUCAGCCUGCUGGUCAGCAUCUAUGGCAGCAAGGACCUCUUCAUCAAUGAGUACCGCUCACUGCUGGCUGACCGCCUCCUCCACCAGUUCAGCUUCAGUCCUGAGAGGGAGAUCCGCAAUGUGGAGCUGCUGAAACUGCGCUUUGGCGAGGCCCCAAUGCACUUCUGUGAGGUCAUGCUAAAGGACAUGGCAGAUUCCCGCCGCAUCAAUGCCAACAUUCGUGAGGAGGAUGAGAAGCGGCCUGUGGAGGAGCAGCCACCAUUUGGAGUCUAUGCUGUUAUCUUGUCCAGCGAGUUCUGGCCCCCCUUCAAGGAUGAGAAGCUGGAGGUCCCUGAGGAUAUCAGGGCAGCACUGGAGGUUUACUGCAAGAAGUAUGAAAAGCUGAAG